AUGGCGAGUCAAUGUGCAACGAGACCACCAGGACUAGCAGCAGAGGCCCGGCUCUUUGAUAGACCAGUAUGUGUACCCCACCUACACCAACCUGCCUUUACCAUUGAGAGAGUGGUAGCCCUGUGCAACGAAUCAUUCCUGCCCCAUGAACUGACCGCGUCUCUCAACCGCUCGAAGCAGCGAAGCGCACCGGGAGCGGAUAUAAUUACGUUUCAGAUGCUCCGCAACCUGACAGACAGGGAGAAGGCCCAGCUGCUUGACUACUUCAAUGAAGUCUGGAACAGCGGACAGCUACCAGAGUCCUGGAUUACUGCAAUCAUCAUACAGAUCUUAAAAUCGCGUAAGCCAGCGUUGACCCCUUCAUCGUACAGGCCUGUCUCUCUUACCUCAUCCGCUUGCAAGGUGAUGGAAGCAGUGGUCUUGGCCCGCCUAGAGUGGAUUGCUAGGGCACUGGACUACUUUCUCGAGCAGCAGAGUGGAUUCCGGCACCACCGCUGCACAGCAUAUUUGCUUAUUGACGUCGUCUCGGCACUUGAGCAUGCAAGAAGCAGGCAAGAGGCAGCCUUUUUAGUGCUCUUGGACGUGCGGAAUGCCUUUGAUGGCCUGGCGCACCUGGCAGUCAUGCAGGCACUAGCAGCCCUGGGUGUGCAGGGUUGCAUGCUGUGCUUUGUACAGGGCUUUCUGUCGGGCCGAUUUUUCCGCGUGAGAGUCACCCACGCGCUCAGCUCUCCACGACCGGUACCGACAGGGGAGCCACAAGGUUCUAAUGCACUGAAUGCUGAAGUCGGCCAUGUUGCAUCUGCAGGUCUGGCUGUCUCUCUGGCCACAACGAAGGCACUUCUUGUGCUCCCCAGACAAAGAAUACGGAGUAGAGUGGCCUGUCUGACCAUCGAGGGCACCACAAUACCGUGCGAGAGUUCGGUGACCCAUCUCGGGCUUCGCAUCGACCAUCGGCUGUCCUGGACUCCAAUAUUCAAGGAAGCCAUAUGCAUGGUGAAGAGAACCCAGAAGGCGGUGAAGGGCAUCUUCUUAAGUGGCCGCGGCAGCUCACCAUCCUGGGCUUUUCGUCUUUACACAGCAGCAGCAACAUCAUGGCUGCUGUACGAAUUUCCCGUGGUAUCAGUUACUCGGUGGCUUUUAGAGCGCCUCGAGUUACCGCAUAGGGGCUUCAUUCGCUGUGUCCUCGGCCUGCCGCGGUCCUCUCAAGUCGCAGCCACCCUGGCAGAGGCGGGUAUCUGGCCUCUCUGUCUGCUCCUGAAGCAGCAUGGGCUUCUACACAUUGAUCGGCUAGCACAUGCGCCUGAUGGGUACCCCCUUCUUGCCCAGCUGCAAAGUCGACCAGAACCUCGGAUGGGCGAGCUGCUGCAGAUCUAUCAAGCAGCUGUGGGACCGGUGCCUCCAGCUCUCCCUCUUCCCCCGCCAACAGAAAAACUACUGGCUAUCAACAUUGGUCUGGGAGGGCUCUCCAAGCGUCGCUCACCCAUUUGCGCACUCAAGCAGGCAUCUGCCUCGAAGAUAGAGGAAGAGCUGGCUGGAAGGCUUAUGGCGUACACAAACGGCUCUGUCAUCCCAGACACAGGCUCGGCCACAGCUUCCUGCAUUAUGCCAGCACUUGGUUGGACGGCCUCCUGCUGUCUGCCUUUUGGGGCCUGCUCUACUGCUGCAGAGACGGCUGGUCUCCACCUGGCAGUUGUCCUGCUAGCAGCAAACCCCCCAACGUGCUCCGUGGCGGUCACGUGCGACUCAAGAGCUGCGUUGCUGGCCUUGGCUAAGCCGGAGCGAGCAGGCUUCGCAACGCAGAUGCUCGUCACCAAACUGCAUGUCCUCCUUGCCAGUGUCGUUGAUGUUUCUCUGCACUGGGUCCUUCCUCAUGUGGGAAUCCAGGGAAACAAGCAGGCUGACGCCCUGGCAAAAGAAGCACAUCACUCCACCGUCCCUGUGUGCCAUACCGUGGUCGCCUCAGACCUUUUGAGAAUCACAUUGAGGAGGCUGUUGCUACGCUGCCACCCUGACGAUCGUGUAGCAAGGAUAGAGCCACCGACCCGGCUGCCUGACCGGGGUUCCACCAGGAGGGAGAGGUCCUUGCUACUUCGCUUACGCAUCGGCUACUCCUGGCCUGCCGCCCGGCGUCAUCGGCUUGGCAGAGCCUCGUACCCUGCGUGCACUGCUUGCUGGGCAGAUGAAACCAACGUGCACCUGUUGCGUGUUUGCCCAGCGCUUCGCACAGAACGCGGCGUCUUGCUCGCCGCACUCCGUCGCCAUGGUCUGCCCGUGGCCACACAUAGGGACCUUCUUUUUCCUGCAUGGCACCACACCCAGGUCUUCGAGGUGGUUCUUUGCUUCCUUGAGGACACUGGACUAGACAACCGGCUAUAG